UCCUCUUGCAGUCUUGCUUGUCUUGACCGGGCAAAGAAAAUCGCGUGCGCUUCUUGUGAGGUAACUUCAUCAUAAAACAACUAGAAAUCGCCGGGUGCACUGAGCUCUUUGAGUAGCCUAUGACUGUUCACAAUGAAAGAUUAAGUUACGCUUUUUUCAGUUUGAUACAUGUUGAACAGCUCACUUCAGACCACUGAAACUAAUUGAAAUUGGUAAUGCGUUUGUGAAAUAUUCAUUAUUGACUGAAAAAGAAAGAAAAUACUAAAUAUAUUAUGACUUUAUCAGUGUCAUGACCACAUAUUUCAUGGACGUCGAGCGUGAGUAUUUACCAUGUGGAUCCUUUGCAGACUGUAUAACUGAACAGUAUCUUGGUGUCUGGAGAGGCAAUGUUAUGAAUGGAUUCAGGAAGGGAAGAGAAUGUGACUGAGUCUGCUGCUGCAUCCUCCAACUGCUGCACAACUUCUGCUGUGCUUUAUGACAACACAUUCCUUGGUCUGGAGGACAGCACCAAGCUCGUUGGAGUGCAGGCCAUACUCAUCCUUGCCUACAGCAUAAUCAUUUUGCUUGGAGUAAUUGGGAACACCCUCGUCAUCUACGUUGUAUACAAAUUCAAAACGCUACGCACCGUCACUAACUUUUUCAUCACGAAUCUUGCAAUGGCGGACCUGCUGGUGAACACCUUAUGUCUGCCGUUCACUUUGAUAUACACCCUCCAGGAUUCGUGGAAGUUUGGGCAGGUCAUGUGCUUCAUGCUCCCGUACGCUCAGGGUCUGGCGGUGCACGUUUCCACGGUGACCCUGACCGUCAUUGCGUUGGACAGACACAGGUGCAUAGUCUAUCACAUGCAGACCAAAAUGUCCAAGGACAUGUGCUUUGUCAUCAUUGCCGUAACCUGGGUCAUCAGCGCCAUUUUAGCCAGCCCGCUGGCCAUCUUCAGAGAAUACGCGACGUUCAAUCUGUCCCCCACGCAGCCCAUCCACGUGUGCAUGGAGAAGUGGCCCGGCAGCCACAGGGAUGGCACCAUCUACGGCAUCUUCGCCUUCCUCCUGCAGUACGGCCUGCCCCUGUCCAUCAGCUCCUUCGCCUACGUGAAGAUAUGGAGCAAGCUGAAGAGCCGCGGCACUCCGGCGGGAGGACGAGAUCGCCACCGGAGACGGCGGAACACCACCAAGAUGCUGGUCGUCAUGGUGGCGGUGUUCGCCGUGAGCUGGCUGCCCUUCCACGCCUUCCAGCUGGCCGCCGACACCGACAGCACCGUGCUGGACAUGAGGGACUUCAAGCUCCUCUACACCGUCUUCCACAUCGUCGCCAUGUGCUCCACCUUCGCCAACCCGAUCCUGUACGGGUGGAUGAACAAGAACUACAGGGACGCGUUCAUGGCCGUGUUCAACUGUGAGCGGAGGCACGAAUACGUCCACCCUCCAGCUCACCGGAGAGUUGGAACCAAAAAGGCCCUGGAGGCUGAAGAGUCUCUAGAUUUGAAGGCCAUCAGUGUCUAAAGACAGAGCAGAUAUUAAUUAUGUGGUGCACGUUUUUAUCACCUGCAAGGAUGUGUGCAAAUCAAUUAGCAUUCUCUGCUGGCAUGCUGUGUUAAUACACCUCUGAGAGAGUUUGUAUAGGGGCACUAAAUGGAAUAGGGACCAACUGUUCUUACAUGAGAGGUGCAAGAGUAAAAUGUACUCUAUUACUGUUGAUGUAACGUUGAACAUAUUACAGCACAGUGUAGCUUUUUGCAUUGUGUGGUGAUUGGAAAAAAAAUACAAUUGUGACCUAAUCAUAAGUGUUAUGCAACAUGCUUGUUUAAAAAAAAAAAAAAGUAAUGUAACUAUUUUUAUUCAUGUUAUGUGUUGGCUUGAGUUGUAUAAGUAUGAAAUAAAUAUAUAGAUAAGUACCAUUAUUACCGGUUGAAAAAGAAUACCCUUCUUUAAAAUUGAAUUGUAUGUAGAAUUUUGUGUAAAAGACUUAUGUUAAACACCAUUUUCAGUGACACUUACCAAAUCUUGAAGACACAAUAUCAAGAACAUUCAUUACCAUUCAAAAGGUAUCUAUAAAUGUAACUGCUAAAAUAAAGGAAACACCUGAAUAACAGUGAUGGAAAGUAUAACAUUGUUAGAAGAACAGAAUUUCAGUUACUUUGAAAGAGGGGUUGUUGUUGAGGAAUGUCCAGCAGGAGCUUCGGUGAUGAAAAGUGCUAAAACUAGCUAAUGUUUCAUGAGAAACAAUGGGUAAGGUGAUGUUAGCAUGGACUGAGGGAAAAACAUCAUCAGCUGUGCUUGAAAUCUCAUACCCCCGUCCAUGCAUUGGUUCAAGACGAAAGGGAAAACAAAGGGGCAGCUCUGAAUCAGGUGACUAGAAAUGUCAAUCAAGGGUAUGAGCAGUUUCAUCAAGAACAAUCUGCUGGGAAUGCCACAGAGAGGGAUACUAUGGCUGGUGUUUCGUUUAUUUCAGCAGUUAGCUGUAAAUACUGCACUGUAUAUUACUGUACUUUAAACAGAGGAAAAAAAAGUGACAGUAAAUGUUGGUUCCACCACAUGCAAACAUUUUAAAUUAAGUGUAUGAAGUAAUUCCAGAUCUUGAAUAAAUCACACAGGGACAAUAUAAAAUGUGUUAGUACCAUUAUUAUAUACACAAUAGCAGAGACGUGAUGUGUGUGUGUGUGAUUGUAUCGCGAGAGAAUUUUUUUAAUUUUUUUUUUUUUUUAAUGAACACUUCUGACCAUUUUUGCAACAAAAAUAUCUCUGGAAGCUGAAAAGAUCCUUGAGAAUUGAGAUUGUUGGAAUGGAUCUAAAAUUAUGAUGCUGUCACUUUUAGUAGAAAAAGGCUUGUAAAACACUUGUACAAAAAGAAAGAAACAAUAAAUGUCUUCCUUUUCUAGGAAAAUACGUUUUCUGAAAAUACUCAGGAAAGUGACAGGUUCUGCUGGAAGAAAACUAAUAACACAUAUAAAAGAAAAGAAAAUGAAAAUAUUCCC